GUGUUUCUGAAUUGUGUCACCCACUCAGGACUAUGUGUGACAAUCGUGGUGUUGAAGAGCAACACGUUUUGGGAAGAGGAGGAGCAACGGUGCCUCUACCAUUUAAAUUACAGCGCAUGCGUAUUUGAGCACAACUGGGACUUCUUUCUCUUACACAACUGUGUCUUUUCUUCAUUCUGCCUACAUCUCCUGGCCGGUGUGUGGGAACCCCUCCACGUUUACUCCUCUUUGCUACUCAAUUAGACAACAUUUUUCUUUGGAAAUGAGUGGGGACCUUUCCCACAGUGAGGACCAGGUAAUGACAUGCCCGGUGUUUAAUAGACACCGUCUUAUUUUCUGGGUUGUGUGUGACAGGGUACCUCAUCAGUAUCUGCUAGCGCGGGUUAGCCUGGUAACUCAUUUUGUUGUUAACAGGGCACUGACACGUUUCAUCAUACGGUUAUUUAAUAUGUGUUGUAAAGGUGAAGUUAAAGUGGCUUUCGGACUUGUUUGGCAGAGGAUAAACAGCAGCUGAAGCAAAGAAGUAAUGCUACAUGUUAAAUGUGUGUCAGCUAUAGUGUUAGCGGUAGCAGCCACAAAGCUAUAGCAGGCAGGCUAGCGGGGCAGCUAACAACUGUCGCUUCAACGUUCAGCAAGUUCAAAGUUAGUUAGCCGGCUAGUUAGCAACUAUCAUAUUUAACAUGGACCUCUUCUUAAUUUUUCAGGUUGACUGUGGCUCUCGUUAUAACGGUAAGUUUCCCACAUCGAUCCAGUAAGUUCAAAAGAGGUUUGGGAUCAGUUUGUUCCUCUACUCCACAGUCGAAGUGUUAACGCAGCGUUAGUUUCAGUGGAGGACAGAAAUGGCGUCCAGAGACUAAGUCCUCUGUCUCACUCACAAGCUCCUAUUGUUCAAAAGGGAGCCCAUAUAGAAGCCUUUCCUCAAGUUAUUUUCACAGUUUGAGUCCACCUUGGCGUAUACCUGGAGGUGUUUUAUCAGUUUGUCACAUUAGAAAUUCUUUUUGGCCGCCUCUUCAUGCCGCAUUUCUCACCUGAAAGUAAGGGUUUGGGGGUUGAGGACUUAGUCUCUGCGCCAUUUUCUUUUUCGGUGUAGCGGCCUGACUGACUGUACUGCGAGCUGAACCCAGGCUGGGAGCUACACACUGAGACAAACGCUACUAAGGCACAGUGCGGCGUCAAGAUACCAUGUGGUGACCACGGCGAGUCUAGUCCUUGAUAAGCGGUCUUGAAAACGCACUUUCAUUGAUAAAGGUUUUCUUUUAAGAAAUAAAUAAAACACUGAUACAGGGACUUAUAUUUUCCUGUUACAAGGAGAAAGCGCACUGUAACAAGUCAGAUUUAUACUUGGAGUUCAUACAGAAUCAUAGCCAAAUUCAUCAUCGCAUUGUCAGUCAGAGUAAUAAAGUAUUUUUUUUUUAAACCUCUUUUUUAAUGACCCACUUUUAAUGUUUAUAAGUGCUGCUGCCAUAAAUGUGAAGUUCUUAAGUCAUACACCACUAAUCAGCCCAGCUCCUGCAGAAAAGUCAGUGUAAUUUAAGUAACAUUUUAUAAAAUAUACAGAAAAAAUGAUAUCGGAUGUUAUGUCUAGAUUUGGACAUAUUGUCUAGACAUUUAAAAAGAUGAUGUGGCCACCACACAUGGAGGAGGAUGGAUCUACUUUGAUUCUUAUACAUAUUUUUUGCUUUGUAAGCUUCAUACAAAGCAGUUAACCAGUUCAGGAAUCUUGCACAAGACUUGGAACAACAUUGAGCUAUAUGACAUACAGUGCCUUGAUACCACAGAGUAUUUCAUGUGUCAGCUAAAUGUCUGCAAGAUAUGCUCUCCAGUUUCCCCUCAGUCACACGAGGAGGCAACUAAUACAGCAAAUAACCCCCACAAUAUAACAAAAAAAAGUAUGUUAAGAGGGUUUGUUCUACAACGACAAAAGGAACAAGUAAGAUGAAACCUCAGUCUGCUGUUGCACCCAUAUAAAUCACUGAUCACUUUUCAAGCUAGGAUUUCUAUAUUGCUUGUUUGUCCUACUCUGGCAUACCAGCAGGGUACUGAUAUUCUGUGGGACCGUGAAGUAAACUGGGCAUCUGUCAUGGGUGUUUGCAAGAGGUUUAAAUGUUUGAGGCAUGCAUAACCUAAUAUUUUGAUGUUUCUUUUGUUUUUUUUUUAACCCCAUUGAAUGACUGAUGUGAACUGGCGUUCUAAAAGAUGGUCUACUUUGUUCAGCAGCAUGUUUCAACAUGCUUGUCUCAUAAACAAUGACGUUGGUACAGGCAGUAGGAGGUGCUAUGCUACUAUGCAAUAGAUUUUCAGAUGUCUCAGUAGAUGAUAGUUGGACACUCACACAUACUCAUGCAUCUAUUGUGGCAGUUUGAUUUGUUUUUGCUUAUGUGGGUGGAGUCCCUCCUCGUUUGUCAGCUAUUAGUAUUAUCUGCACAAAUCCAGAUUAAUAUCCAGUAAAGACAGUACAAUGUUUGUUUUUGCCACCUUUGAACAAAGCCACACUUGUAAUUCUGUUUCUAUUAUGUAAACACUGCCUAUAAUUUAUGUACACUACAAUUCUACGAUUAAUUGCCCAUUGUAGGCCUGUGUCAAUGUUUUUUUUUUAACUUUUGAAGUGUUUUCUUACCAGAUUCUCACAAGCAUAAAGACAAGUACAAAGACAAGGAACACAAACAUAAGGACCACAAAAAAGAUAAGGAACGAGAGAAAUCAAAGCAUGGCAACAGGUAUGGAGCGUGUGCCCCCGAGUUACUUAAACAUAAUGUAGAGUGAUUGAUUCUAUUUGAUCACUUUUUAAGAGUCACUUGAAACUAUUGAAAUAAAUAGCUUCUAUUUGUUUUUGUAAUUCCAGUGAGCACAGGGAUCCCUCAGACAAAAAACACAGAGACAAAGAGAAGGAAAAGGUGAAGCACAAAGAUGGCAGCACAGACAAAUACAAGGACAAGCACAAGGAGAAGAGGAAGGAGGAGAAGGUGAAUUGAGAAACUUAUAAUUCAUGGGGAAAAUAUAUGUGGUUGUGCUGUGGGAAUAUGCCUGUGAUAUGGUUUCAGAGUCUGGAGUUGGGAAAAAUUCAGCAGUAUUUUACUGUCAAAGAAUUUGCUUGUGUGCAUGGCCCUAAGCAAUUUUGAAAUGGAACAAAUCAAAAAUUGCUCUUCAUGCUGAACCACGUAUUUCUGAAUGAACCAAAGAUUAUUAUACAUUUUUAUGUGGCCAGAGUUGACCAUCAGCUUCAUUCAAAGUUUUCAAUUUUCAUUUCCAGAUGAAGUCCCUCGAUGGUAAAAUCAAAAAGGAAAAAGAGAACGGCUUUGCCAGGUAUACCAGGACCUCACAUUACAUUUCACUGCCUUGUAAGGGCAUCAAACGAUGCCUUUUUAAUACGCCAGUAGUUUUCACUUUGUCUUCUCUUUUGUGCAGCCCUCAUGUGAAGUCUGAGCCUGAAGAUAAUUUUUACCCCUCUCCUAAACACGAGAAACCUCUCAAAAGAAAACGGGAUGAUGAUAAUGAGUGAGUGGGUCUUUCAAUUGGAGUUCUUUUGUCAGUCUUUAUGUUGUCCAGGUGUAUUUGGAUGGCUGUAUUUGUGACGAAACUACAUUAUAUUUUUAGCGCUGAAUUUAAGCCGAAGAAAAUCAAAACUGAAAAUGACAAGAAGGCAAAGAAAAGAAAACUAGAUGAGGUAAGAAAUGUUUGUAUGCAGGAUUGUAAUAUGAAUUAUUAUGGAAUUUUUUUUAAGAGUCUUUUUUUGGUUUUCUUUCUUUUGAAAACAUAAAGCCCAAAAAGACGAAAAACAAAAAAGGAGAAGUUGCUGAUGGAAAAAAGAAAGCAAAGAAAGAGCCAGAGGAGAAGUGGAAAUGGUGAGUUGUUGAUGUCGGCCAACUUGUCGUCACAGAUGUGUUGUUACCUCUGAACAGAGUUGAGGUUUCUUUCUCAGGUAUAUUAAAAGUCCUCCGUGUUUUUAGGUGGGAAGAAGAGAGAUACACAGAUGGUAGCAAAUGGAGGUUUUUGGAACACAAAGGACCAGUGUUUGCGCCUCCAUACGAGCCUCUUCCCAGUAAUGUCAAAUUUUACUACGAUGGUAAGAUGGUGCAUCUCACUGGACUUCGAUACAUCUGAUGUCAAAAUGGACCAGAAUUAUUCGUCAUGUCAUAGUUUGAAGAAAAACAUUUUUUUUCUUGCUGCUUUUUAAGGGAAGCAUAUGAAGCUCAGUCCAGAAGCUGAGGAGGUGGCGACAUUCUUCGCCAAAAUGUUGGACCACGAGUACACGACAAAAGACAUCUUCCGCAAAAACUUUUUCAAAGACUGGAAAAAGGUAACAAAAUUUAGAUUUUUAAAACUCAUUCUCAAUGUGUUUUGCUUAAAGAUCAUUUCAUCGAGUAUCCUAUGUUCUGCUUCUGCAGGAAAUGACAUCAGAGGAAAAGAGUAAAAUUACGGAUCUAAAGAAGUGUGACUUCAAUGAGAUGAGUGAAUACUUCAAAGCCCAAUCAGAAGCCAGGAAGGCCAUGACUAAGGAGGAAAAGCUGGUUAGCUCUACAUGAAUAUUGUAUAAAUUAAGCUGAUGGACCUUGCGUAUGACAAAACAUGAGCUAAAACCAAUUUAAUGUGGCCUACCGAAUCAUGUUUGUUUCUGUUAAAACACACAACUGUCAUAUUAUUGAUAAUGUUUUUUCCAACAAAGCUUAGUGGCCUUUAUGAAUAAUAUAUGUUUCUACAUGUCAAGGGUUUUGAAUGAAAUAUGGCAUUGUAAUAUGAGUUUUUCUCCUGUGGCAUCUAAAAGAAAAUAAAGGAGCAAAAUGAGCGUACUCUGCAAGAGUACGGCUUUUGCAUCAUGGACAACCACAGGGAACGUAUUGCGAAUUUUCGCAUUGAGCCUCCGGGUCUGUUUCGUGGACGUGGAGACCAUCCCAAGAUGGGGAUGCUAAAACGUCGCAUCAGGCCACAAGACAUCAUCGUCAACUGCAGCAAGUGAGUUAAACCACUUUCCCUGAUGAUGAUAAUGAACUGAUAAUAAAUGAAAGGGGGAAAAAAAGAGACAUUUUUUUAAAUGUGCUCUUCAUAGGGACUCCAAGCAUCCUGAGCCUCCUCCAGGAUCCAGGUGGAAAGAGGUUCGUCAUGACAACAAGGUGACUUGGCUGGUGUCAUGGACUGAGAACAUCCAAGGCUCCAUUAAGUACAUCAUGCUGAACCCCAGCUCUAGGAUUAAGGUAGGUUGGUGGUGCACCUCAAGAAUCCAACUUCCAAAAUCUCGACAUCAGUUAGUGUUAAUGUUGCAACUGCAUUGUUGUUUUUUGUAAAGCUCUCAGAAGCACUUGCGUCACCUAAGGGUGGGUUAAUAGUAAAACAAGGGAACGUUGAGUUUAUCAGAAAUGAAUAGUUCCUAAAAGGAAAAAAAGGCUCCAUCAAGUUCAGUCAUUCAUCCCAGAGUCAUUCUUAAACACAUUUUUUUAUCUGUUUGUCUGUAGGGAGAGAAGGAUUGGCAGAAAUAUGAAACCGCCAGAAGACUGAAGAAAUGUGUCGAUCGCAUCAGAAAUCAGUACCGCGAGGACUGGAAGUCGAAGGAAAUGCGCAUCAGGCAGCGGGCUGUUGCUCUCUACUUCAUCGACAAGGUGAGGCGCAUGAUUGCUGUUUACAAAGUCCUGAAGUGUAUGCAGCUUGAGGGAGUUUCUAAGAACUUCUCUGUUGAUGUUACAACGUGAGUUACAGUUAGAGUAAUGAGUCCAGAAGCAAUCUCUAAUCCAGCUGUCCUGGUGUACUCCAGCUGGCUUUGAGAGCAGGUAAUGAGAAGGAAGAAGGAGAGACUGCUGACACUGUGGGCUGCUGCUCUCUGAGAGUCGAACACAUCAAGCUCCAUCCAGAAAACGAGGGUCAAGAGUACGUGGUAGAGUUCGACUUUCUGGGUAAAGACUCCAUUCGCUACUACAACAAAGUACCUGUGGAAAAAAGGGUGAGGACUGGAACACAGUGUAUUUUCUUUUUCCUAUCUCAAUUUUGAGUGUGCAUCAACUACAAAUCUGUGUUUUAUCUAUUGAAGGUGUUCAAAAAUCUUCAGCUGUUCAUGGAGAACAAGGAGCCUGAUGAUGACCUGUUUGACCGCCUGAAUGUAAGCUAAACAUCACCUACUCAGCAAAUCUUCUUUCUUUAUAUCUUGAUAGUAUUUUUAUCUAGGGGAUUGUUUCAUUGACAUAGAUGUUCUUUAAGAGUUCUUGGUGGGCGCAUUGUUGACUCUCAGCACUAUUAUUAAACAGUUUGAUAACUUUGAUUCCUCCCCAGACGUCUGUUCUUAACAAGCAUCUUCAGGAGCUUAUGGAUGGUCUGACAGCCAAAGUUUUCCGUACCUACAAUGCCUCAUUCACCUUGCAACAGCAGCUGAAGGAGCUCACAAAUGGUAUGUGUAUAUCAGCUGCCAAAAAAUGUACAAUGUAAUAAUGUAAGCAUCUGCUUUGGACACAUUGGGUUUGAUAUAGAAUACAAAGAGCAGAUAAUCAAAAAUACAUUUUAAUUUUGUAACCAAUGAUUUGGGAGAGCAAAGAAACUCAUCAUUAUCACCGUUUCUCUCUCCAGCGGAUGAAAACAUUCCAGCCAAGAUCUUGUCCUACAACAGGGCUAACAGGGCUGUAGCCAUCCUGUGUAACCAUCAGAGGGCUCCACCGAAGACCUUUGAGAAGUCCAUGCAGAACCUGCAGGCCAAGGUAAACACAUGUUUUAAAUGUAAAUUGUGCAUCUGUUUGUUGUCUGUGUGUUACAAGUAGACUCUCCUCAGGUUUUACAUUGACUCUAGAAAUUCAAAAUAUUUUGCAUGUGCAUACAUACUGCCAGACCGGAGUGGAGAAAUGCAUUCCACUCCACCUCCGGUCAUGACCUGCGUGAUCUGAUGCCAAUUUAUCCUCAGUGUGCCCCGGGUGAAUUCAGAUGUGUAGUUUAGGCAGUCUCCAUCUACAUGUGUCUUUGACUGCCAUGUUGGGGUUUUUAACCUAAGAGAAAAAAACAAUCUCUACAAUAAUACGGACUAAACCAACUUUCUUCUUAGAUUGAUGCUAAAAGGGACCAGCUUUCUGAUGCCAAGAGAGAAUUGAAAAGCUCCAAGGCAGAUGCCAAAGUACGACGAGAUGAAAAGUCUAAAAAGUAAGUGUCUAAAUAGCGGUUUGAGUAAACACUCGUGUUCUUUUGUAACCCUGUCUACAAAGUUUUCAACCUUGUGUGCCGCCGUCUCCUCUAUAGAGCCGUAGAGAGCAAGAAGAAGGCGGUUCAGAGGAUAGAGGAGCAGCUCAUGAAGCUGGAGGUGCAAGCAACUGAUCGUGAGGAGAACAAGCAAAUUGCCCUUGGCACCUCCAAGCUCAAUUAUCUGGACCCUCGCAUCUCUGUGGCUUGGUAAGGUCCAAUUCUUAAAGUUUACGUAUUUGGAGAAGACAUUUUGUGGUGUGUUCCCUCCUGUCUACACUUUUUGAACCAACAUUGCUGAAAUAUAAUUAACCCUGCCUUUGUUACUCAGGUGUAAGAAGUGGGGCAUCCCUGUGGAGAAGAUCUACAACAAAACACAGCGUGAGAAGUUUGCUUGGGCUAUCGACAUGGCAGAUGACGACUAUGAAUUUUAAAUCCCAGUUUGUGGUUUUAACUAUGAUACACCCAUUUUUAUCGGAUACUUUUUUUUAGCGUAAGUCAAUUUUACUCAAAGGCCAGACCUGCCAGGAAUUUAGACAGUCUGAGAAGAAAAUCAGUGGCAACAUGGUAAGAUGAAACGUGGCCAUGUUGAAGUGGCUGGAGGGGUUGUGGGUAGUCUCAAUCAUCUGAUCAGAGAUCAGGCUUCAAGGCCGAACUAAACCCACAACUGAGCAUCAAGGCAAAGUCCCAGUAAUUGGAAGACACGUCUACCUUUUUGUCUUGCUCCCUCCACGGGUACAAAACCUGACAAUGCCUGAACUUUGAACUCUAUCAUCCUACAGCUACUGUAUUCAAGCAAAAAGAAAAAAAUGCUUUAUCAUUUUAUUUUUUCUUAACUUGCUCUGUAUUUUAGCCUCCCAUGUAUUAUUAAUGAAUUCUAUAUUUUGAUAGACAAAGCUAAAUCAAAUGAAUCCUUGACUACACCCACGCGCCUUUCGAGGAAAAUGGAAAUGUGAGUUUGACAUUUGAGGGGUCUGUGUGUGUGCGCGUGCCUGUGUAUGUGAGUCUUGACCUAUGAAGCAAUCUGUGUAGGUGAAUAUUUGAAACUGGAUUAUGUUGGAUUGUUCGGCAUGAAAGAGGAUGUCUGGGCAGGCAAAAUAAUGCAACCAUGUCAAUAUUAACUUAAGCAAGCAGAAUGUGAAUAUCUUGUUUUACAGCCUCCAUCAGGGACUUAUAUUUUUGUGUAAAUGUGAACCAUUCAUUUUUAUCAUUCUGAGCUGCAAGCAUCCUCUGAAUCUCUGCGCAGCCCUGUCUACAUCUGAUUUUUAACUUGAUUUUAACAAUCGCUCCCAGAAAAGAAAAAAAAAUCUCCCAUCUGUUACUUGAAGAUAAUGCUAUAAUAAUGUAUUUAAAGUCAGUGAUGGAAAGUCUUUCUUUCCAGAAGGGUUUGUGAGGGAUAUCCACUUUGCCAAAAAAUCACCAAUCUGUUACAAUUUUAGGCUUUGUUUUUUAAUUGUGUAAAGAAUGAGGAUAAAACAUGUAACAUUUAAUGUGAAUUCAGUUCAUUUUAUUCCACUCUAUAGGAAAAUUGAUGUAAGUAGCUGUAAAGUCAACAUCCUAUUCUUGUUUUACCUUCUGUCAUAGCCUUCGAUCAUGUUUUAUUUGAGUUCUAUGCUCAUUGUAGGUUGAAAACUGAAUAAAACCCUACAAGUAAACAGGAA